CACGUGGUUUGCGACUACCGGUGAACUGCAUUGUGGGUUGUAGAUAGUGGCCAUAUUGCAGCGUGCAGGAUGACAGACGCAGGAUUCUUUAAGGGCACAACGGCCGACCAGGACAACAGAUUCAGUGACAAAAAGAAAAAGUUGAUGAAGUCCAUGAAAUUCAACGAUGGACUGGAGAAAAAGGUUGACAUGUCUAAAGUUAAUGUUGACACAGUAAAGCCGUGGAUCGCACAGCGCGUCACGGAGCUCUUGGGGAUCGAGGACGACGUACUCGUAGAAUUUGUCUACAACCAGCUGGAGCCACGGUUCCCCGACCCCAAGGAGAUGCAGAUCAACCUGACCGGCUUCCUGAACCCAAAGAACGCCCGAGUGUUCCUGGGGGAGCUGUGGGAACACCUGUGUAGUGCCCAGGACAACAUCGGGGGAAUCCCCGCCAAGUUUGUGGAGCAGAAGAAGGAGGAGAUCAAACGCAAAAAGGCUGAGCAGGAGAGGAUCCAGGCCAAUCUGAAGAAACACGAGGAGCAGAUCCGGGAAACUCUCCGGGAACAGGAAGAGAAGGAAAAAAGACAGAGGAGAAGGUCGCGGUCCAGGAGUAGGAGUCCAAAGAGGAGGCAGGAAUCUUCACAGAGGAAAUCCCCAAAAAAGGAGAAGAGCCCCAGCCCUGUCAAGAACUCGGAAUCUCCCAAGAAACCGGACGAGUCGGCCCCGGAGGCAAAAACUGAAGUAAAUGAAGCAGUCAAAGAAAAUGGAACAGAAGAGAAGAAAGAAGAGAAGACAGAUAAAGAGGAGGAGAAGAAGAAGUCAGCCAGUAGGUCAAGGUCAAGGAGUCGCUCCGCCGACAGGAAGAGGAGUCCCUCCUCCGGCCGACACAGGAGUCGCUCCGCCGAACGACGGAGAAGAAGAUCACGCUCUAGAAAUAAUGGAUUUCUUGGUAACAGGUCCAGACGGCGUACACCUCCAAGACGACGAUCCCGCAGUCGUUCUCGCGACAGAAGACGAUCGCCGCGGCGAUUUAGACGGCGCUCACAGUCUCCCAGAAGGAGGUCACCACCUCGACGACGAAGUGUGUCGCCACGACGACGCAGUCCUGGAAGGCCUAGAGCAGGGCGGUCAGCAGAACGAAGCCCCCGCAGGAGGGGAGCGAAAUCUAGGUCAAAUUCAGGGUCGUCCAGCAGUUCAGACAGUUCAAGGUCAGCUUCACCCUCCAAACAGAAGGACGCGGCCAAGGAGGGAGAUAAGAGGAGUGGAUCGGAGGAUUCCCCAGACAAGGCGGGUGUACAGAAGAGGAGACAGUACAGGAAGCAUGAUGUCGACUCUAGUGGGUCAUCCUCCUCCUCAGACAGCAUGGCUUCCCCAGAGAGGAGACGUCCAGAGAGAGGAGGGAGGGGUUCCCCAUCACCACGGCGACGAGACCGGAGGUUCUCUCCGGAGGGACGCAGGAGACGAUCCCCUCCCCCCAGUCGCUUCAGCCCGGUGCGAUACAGACGACCUUCACCUAGAUGGUCACCAAGGCGACCACGACGAGGGUCCUCCCCGUACUUUGACCAGAGAAGAAGUCCAUUCAGAAGAGAUGGGUUCUCCAGGGGCUUCUCUCCCCCCAAGCGCUGGCGGUCCCCCCCAAGGAGACCACGGUCACCCCCAGGAGAAUGGUCCCAGGAGAGGCGGCGUAGGAUGGACACCCAGGAUUCCCAGGGAACAAGACGGAGGAUGGACUCGGAGGGGUCCCCCACACGGAGGAGGGAAUCCUUGGGUUCCCCACGCAGGGAAUCUAGGUCACGACAGGAAUCCCCGCCCAGGCGAGAAAUGUUACAGAGACGGUCAGACGAAAGGCAACCAAGAGAUCUGGACAGACCCGCAGAGGUCAGAAGGAGGUCCUCCCCCCCAAUCCUUAAGAGGAAGGACAGUGAGAGUUCAUCCUCUGAGUCUGAGUCUGACUCGAGUGAGUCAUCAAGCCCUGAACAGAGAAGAGUGAAGGAUGUGGCCCCAGACAAAGGGAAGCCAGAAAGAAGAAGGCCAGUGGAGUCACCAGAGCCAGUCAGAAAGCGUAAACCCUCUCCCACAGGCAAGAAGGGACAGGCCCCCAGGAAGAAGAGGGAGGAAGAUACUGAAGACUCCGAGUCUGAGUCAGGCUCACCCUCACCACCCCCUAAAAAGAAACAGAUGCCCCAGUCCAGAGACAGAAAAGAUAGUUCUCUGAGUAGAAACAAGGAGAGAGACAUUGAACAAAAAUCUAAAGGGAGACGACAACAGAUGUCCCCCAAACCAAAGAGGCCCCCUCCCGAGGAAUCUGAGGAGAGUGACAGUGAGAGCUCAGACUCCAGUGUCCCCCAGAGAGAGCCCUCCCCACCACCCAGGAAAAUGGAAAAGACAUCUAGAAAGAGGUCAUCUCCACCCAGAGGUCGUGGACAAUCUCCACCAGGCAGGUCAGCCUCGCAGAAAGAAGUCCGGGAAGGAUCACCCAGUGGUCGGUUGGCAAGACGAUCCCCUUCUGAAGAAGACCGGUGGAAGCGAUCUAGAAGGCCAUCUCCAUCACCCAUCAGGGACCGCAGGUCACCUUCCCCGCCAGUUAGAUCUAGGUCACCAGGUGUCAGAGGCCGAAGGUCAAGAUCACCGCAGGUCAGACGCAGAGAUUCAAGGUCGCCUCCUGUACCGGACAGAUCUUUCUCGCCGGUAAGCAAACGAAGUCGGGAGUUCAGUGAGUCAGACAACUACCCUCAGUCCAAGAGACCCAGGGAUCGCAGUGCAGAGGUCAGGGGUCGUGGUAGAGAGGAGGCCAGUAUGUAUGACCGUAGAGUAAUGGGGGGACGAUGGGAGGAGGAGGAAGAUCGAGCCGAGAAGAGGGGCACACCUUAUAUGGAUGACGAGGAGGAGGGGUACCAGAGGGUUGUCAUGAUGAAACCUCGUGAAGACAGAGAGGAAAAAGAGGCUCCACAAGGGAGGAAAGUAGAGAGAAAGGACAAUGCAUCGGGAAGCGAAUCAGAGGAAUCCCGGACAUCAAAGAAAAAGAAAAAGAAGGAAAAAAAGAAGCACAAAAAGCACAAGAAACACAAGAAGCACAAGCACAAGAAAGGAAGCAAGGCUCAGGAUGAUGAGGACUCUGAUAGCCAUGAGGAUCUGGAAGCCUUGGAGAAACGGCUGAGAGAGAGGGCGCUUCAGUCAAUUCAAUCCAAGGAGGAGAUAGAGAGAGAACGUCAGCUCCGAGAGAAGGCGCUCCAGUCAAUGAAGCACCGCGGCGACACGGAGAGCAGUGACUCGGACUCAGACUGACGGGGAAUCCCUCAUACAAUGGGGGAAUCCCUCAUACAAUGGGAGAAUCCCUGUGACAUCAGAAAGAGGGGAUACCCUAGUCCUGAUGUCCCAGAGGGGAUAGGCCCGCUCAGCGAGGAAAUCCCUACCAUACAAAUAUUUAGAAUUUUUAUCUCUGGUCAGAAGCAAUCACAAAUCAUGCAAGAGUUGACGCGUUUCUAACCAGUGGCUUGUUUUUGCAUCUAAUUGGUGUCGCUUACAGCUUCACCCUAUUGUUGACUGUAAAUAUUAUGUGAAUUUAUAUUACAUUGUUGUGUGACAGUUGAAUGAGGACUAGAAAUUGUGUAAAAAAAAAAUUAACAUGUCUGACAUAUAAAAUAAAGAUCUUGAAAAGGUAAA